UUCUAAUGGGCCCACCAACCUGGCGCGCGUUAGUCACAACUAACGUCCAGCUCUGCUUAUCUGGCGCGCACCGUACUUGAUGCGACAUUACACCCCCGCGCCUCUACGGCCGCAACUGGACUCCUUCUUCGGCCGACACUCAAAAUCUCUAAUUCCACCGGAAAAUAUUAUCAAUCGGAACAUCUUAGCUGCCUUUUCACCUGAAUUUUAAAUCAUUUUUUACUGAAUUCUCUUGAAUCUGCUACGUGGAAUUGCUUACUUUUCUGCUGAAAGUGCAGUUUUUCAGCAUAGAUUUCAUUCAAUUUUUUUAAACCAAAUCAGCCAGAUUUGAUCAAACAUUGAUUCAGAAAAUAGGUUCUGUUCGUGAUUCUAGGGUUUCGGUUUAAGCAAUUGUGCUUCGCGAAGCUUGUGUUCAAACUGAAUCUUCUGCACUGGUAUGAUCUUCUAUAUUUUUUGUUUAUGAUAAGCUCUGGUUGAUUCUUCUGGCAUUUUCGCUGCUAUUUGUCGAUUCAGUGUGAGAGGAUCAUCGAAUUUACGUAUCUGUUGAUGUAAUAGGAGUAUUUUUCUCUGUGCUAUUUGUUGAUUCUCGCGACUUAAUCAAUGGCUUCCAUCCGAAGAACUCUAUCACCGAAUCACGAACGGCAUUAUCAGAAUGGAAACCAAUCUUCAGUUCAAUCGCCAUCUCAUAAGCUCAUUUUAAACGGCAAAAGCUCUUCGAUACUAUAUUCUCGGAAAAAUUAUAUAUCCAGGAAGAAGUUGUUCUAUAGGUGUUUGAUAUUUUUCUUGCUAGGGUUUAUAUUAGGUAUGGCACCAUUUGGUGAUUUUGAUGAUGCGAGGAGCCGUGAUUUUUCAUUUGAGAUCAAGCCAUCUGUAGUGAAUGUUAAGGAGGAGAUGAAAGAUGUUGUAAUCCCUAGACCUGAUAAUGUUGUGGUAAACUCAGUUAAAUUACCUGGUAGUUUGGUGGAUGAAGUGAAAGGGAAGUUUGAUUAUGUACCGAGGAAACUGUUGAUUGUGGUGACUCCAACUUAUAAUAGGGCACUUCAAGCUUACUAUCUUAAUAGAUUGAGCGAGGUGUUGAAGAUCGUGAAGUCACCUCUGUUGUGGAUUGUGGUUGAGAUGAAUGCAGCGUCUGCUGAGACUGCAGACAUUUUGAGGAAGACUGGUGUUAUGUACCGGCAUCUAGUGUGUUCCAAGAACAUGACGGAUAUAAAAGACCGCGGGGUGCAUCAAAGGAAUGUUGCUUUGGAGCAUAUUGAACAUCAUAGACUCGAUGGAAUUGUUUACUUCGCGGAUGAUGAUAAUAUUUACUCCCUUGAGUUGUUUGAGAGCAUUAGAUCGAUCAAUCGUUUUGGCACUUGGCCUGUUGCUAUGCUGGCGCAAAGUAAAAGCAAAGCAACACUGGAGGGCCCUGUGUGUAAUGGAAGUCAAGUUAUUGGGUGGCACACUAAUGAGAAGAGUAAGCAACUUAGAAGAUUCCACGUCGAUAUGUCUGGCUUUGCCUUCAAUAGCACUAUAUUAUGGGAUCCAAAAAAAUGGCAUCGACCAACUUCAGAUCCCAUUCGACAGUUGGACAAUGUGAAGGAGGGUUUCCAAGAAACCACUUUCAUAGAACAAAUUGUUGAAGACGAAAGCCAAAUGGAAGGUAUCCCCCCUGGUUGCUCAAGGGUAUUGAAUUGGCACCUUCAUCUAGAAGCUCAUGGACUUGUCUAUCCGAGAGGCUGGCUCCUUCAAAAGAACCUUGAUGCCGUUUUCUCUACCACAUGAGAAACACAAGCAAGGUGCAAAGACCCUAAAUGGUGCCCAUCAAGAAGGAAGUUGUCAUUUUCAAGCAGAUCGGGGAAUUACUUGAUUGCCGAAGUUGAAGCAGCAAUGCAUGCCUUCAAUGACAGGAUAGCUAUAGAGAAAAGAGUGAUUGAUUUUCCUUUUUGACUUUCUCGGAGAUAUUCUUUGACCACAUCGAAACUCGUUUUAUUAUGGAGUUUUGCUGCCUUUAACGACAAGAGUAGUGUGGUUCCUUCAGUUUCCAUUGCAAAAUUGGAUGCUACUGCCAUCUGAAAAGCGGAAUGCGUGCGUGCCGCAGAAUACAACGGUUGUGAAUUAUCGUACUCGGAAGCAGGAAGCAGGUGCCACUUUGUCCAAAUUGUAAUCUAUUACGAUUCUGUUUCUCACGGAAAUUUAUCAAGUUUGCAAGCAAAAUCAAUCAAACCUGAAACUGCAACUUCUUUUUCUUUUUGAUGUGCAUAAGUUCUUUGUUUCACGCAAAUUUGUUCAAAAUUGAAAUUCAAACCA